CGUACGUACGGCAACAUGCGCAAGAUCCCCCGAUCUCCCCUCCCUGAUGGGCAGGCAGCGUCCGAUGGAUCCGCAAUCCCCCCCGGCGUAAAUCAUGCACCGUCCCUUCCCGGUAACCCUGGAAGGCAUGGGCAGAAUCCCGACACCGACUUCAUCGCUCAGUCCUGUUCAACGUCCCCCCUUAGUCUGGGCACUCAAAGUGAACCUCACUUCCUCCACAGGCCUGCACCCCCUCGGUUUGGAGGGCCCUGAUACCGACCGCAUCUCCUGUCCUAGCCUGCCUGCUCCCUGCAGCAGGUUUUUCUUCUUCAUCAAGCUUGAUGCUGUUAUGCUUUAUUGGUGCAGAACAUCGGACGCCAAGCGGCUCCCUCUGAGCCAGCCCCCUUCCCCUGUGACCGGUGCAAAGAAGUCUUUGAACAGGCAUCGCUCCCUGAGCCCGUCCACCGUUUGCUCCCAUUUGUGCAGUCCUUCGAACCAGGGGGAGGUUGUCACUGGCCUGUCCGGACGUUCAGGAGCUCAAGAAAGCCGCAACGAGACCAUCAUCUCGUCCUUCUCAUCAUCUUCCUUCAUUCCCCUCGACGGUUGGAUCAACAAGCCUCCUGCAGUACCUGCGUCGGCAGAUGUCGUUGCAUCCUCGUAA